AUGCUUGCCACAUGGCACACCUCCACUCCCCAACCAGACCCCUCUUCCCUCCUCUUCCCUCCGUGCAAUGCAUUGGAAGGGCAUGGCAGUGCAGCUGCAGCCUCGCCCUGUCCCAUCCUUCCCCUGUUCCCCGUGCCUCUUCCCAUUCCUCAACAAUCAACUCCCAAUCUGACCUGCAUCACCUCCUCUUCUCGCCAUCACCUCCCUCCCCCCCAACCCACUUGCUUCGCAUGCUCGCAGGAGCCGACCGGUGGUGCAAUGUGCAGGGCCCUUUCAGCGAGAACCGCACUGCACCGUUUUGGAAGCAGCCAUCCGCGCCAAGUUGGGAGCCCUGCCUCUCAGGCGUCUUCCUCCUCUCUCGUCUCUCACGCCCUGCAUCACCCCCCACAUCCCCUGCAGCACCGCUUCCUCGCUCUGUGCUCUGUCUGUGCUCUCAGAGCACCAUCGUCUCUGCCCAAUCCCCUCCCUUUCACCCCUCUCCCUCCCCCCACCCCCCCUCCUUCCCAGACGUCGUACUUGGGCGUGUGUGGCGACGUGGCGAUCGCUGUCAACACAAGGGCUCUGCACGGCGCUGCAGUGGCAUGGGUGUGCCGCCAUCACCACGGCCGGCAUCUACCCGGGCUUCAGCAACUGUGCGUGCAGUCAGGGGAGAGGGGAGGGGAACAGAUGGGCGCCAAAUGGGAUCACGAGCAGCGCACCAUGGUGUGCUCUCCUCUCCUGUGCUCUCCUCCCUGCACUGAUGGCAGCGGAGCUGGUGCGGCUCGCGGGGAGGGGACACGCAUGGAGGAGCAAUAA